GCUUCAGAUUGGGGAGGUGGACGUUUGGCAGGAGUAUGGACAUCUGUAAAUGGUGAAAAUAUAUCUUCUGUAUCUCUUGAAGCCUUUCGCGGGUUAGUAUGUGCCUGUAAAAGAACUUUCCCCUCCUUUAAAAACAGAGCAUUUGGUAAAUGGACUAAUAGAAUGUGUUUAACCUGUAAAAUAAAGGAGGAUUUCCUAUAGAAUGAAUGCACUAGAAGUGCUAAAGGUAACCUUCAGCUGCCAGAAAUUCAGAGAUUAUUGUCUGAAGCUAUGAAACUUGAUUGGAGAAACUGAGGGAGGCAAGUGGACUUGGGUGCUACACGUUGUCAGUUUAGUUGCUGCAGUGAACUGCCAAAGUGUUUCAGUGAAGUAAAUUAUGGUUGUAUUUUGGGACAUGAUAUUGCUAAAGGUCACGUCAUAUUUUCAGAGUUGCAUUUAAGAAACAGAAGAAAAUAUAUCGUCAAGUUUUACCUAGUGAUCCAUUCAUUUUUCCUUCAAGAUUUCAAAUUGAUGGCGGCAGUAUUUGCAGUAUAAUAAACAUUUUUGUGUAACACCCAUAUCAUACAAGCUUCCUGCCAGACGAGCAACAUUUUUGUUUGCACUGUUUUAUUGUUUCUUUUUUUUAUUAAUAUUUUGGGGCAGCUGAGAAAAUGAAGGGUUCAAUGGCAGCAGCAGACAUUACUGUUGUGGCACUUUAUUUUGUGACUGUGAUGGGCAUUGGAUUUUUUGCCAUGUGGAGGUCCAACAGAAGCACUGUGAGUGGGUACUUUCUGGCUGGUCGGUCAAUGACUUGGAUUGCCAUUGGGGCUUCUUUGUUUGUCAGCAACAUUGGCAGUGAACACUUCAUUGGGCUUGCUGGCUCAGGGGCUGCAAGUGGGCUUGCUGUAGCGGCAUGGGAGUUGAAUGCACUCUUGCUUCUGCAGCUGUUGGGAUGGGUGUUUGUUCCAGUGUACAUAAGAUCACAAGCAUACACAAUGCCUGAUUAUCUGUCUAAACGUUAUGGGAGCACGAGAAUUAAAGUCUAUUUUGCAGUGCUAUCUUUGGUUUUGUAUAUUUUCACCAAAAUUUCAGUGGAUUUGUAUGCUGGUGCCCUGUUCAUCCAAGAAUCUUUGGGCUGGAACCUUUAUGCAUCUGUAAUCUUGCUGAUUGGGAUGACUGCUCUUCUGACCAUAACAGGAGGACUUGUGGCUGUAAUCUACACAGACACUGUUCAAGCACUACUUAUGGUUGUUGGUGCUCUAACACUUAUGACUGCAGGUUUAUUGAAAGUUGGUGGAUUUGAAGAACUUAAACGCAAGUACUUGCUAGCAACACCAAAUGUUACAGAGAUAUUGAUGUCAAACAACUUCACGCACACAAAUUAUUGUCGCAUCUAUCCAAAGCCUAACUCCUUGAAGAUGUUACGUGACUUAAAUGAUGAGGACACUCCUUGGUUGGGAUUCCUGUUGGGUCAGACACCUGCGUCUGUGUGGUACUGGUGUGCUGAUCAGGUUAUAGUUCAGAGGGUGCUGGCUGCUAAGAAUAUUGCUCAUGCCAAAGGUGCUACCUUAAUGGCGGGCUUCUUGAAAAUAUUGCCCAUGUUCAUUAUCGUUGUUCCAGGAAUGAUUUCAAGAGUCCUUUUUCCAAAUGAAGUUGUCUGCAUAAACCCAGAGCACUGUAUGGCAGUCUGUGGCAGCAGAGCAGGUUGCUCCAAUAUUGCAUAUCCUCAUUUGGUCAUGAACAUUCUUCCAGUUGGACUUCGUGGGCUUAUGAUGUCUGUCAUGAUUGCAGCACUGAUGAGUGACUUGGAUUCCAUAUUUAACAGUGCCAGCACUAUAUUUACUCUUGAUAUAUACAAAUAUUUAAGAAAAACUGCUUCAUCUCGGGAACUUAUGAUUGUGGGAAGAGUAUUUGUUGUUUUCAUGGUAGGCAUUAGCAUUGCUUGGGUACCAAUAGUUGUAGAAAUGCAGGGUGGUGAAACUUACCUUUAUAUUCAGGAAGUGGCCGGUUACCUUACACCACCUGUGGCAGCACUUUUUCUUCUAGGGGUCUUCUGGAAACGUUGUAAUGAGCAUGGAGCCUUCUGUGGUGCCAUGACUGGCUCAAUAUUAGGAGUUACCAGGAUGAUAUUGGCAUUUGUGUACAGGGAACCUGACUGUGACCAACCUGACAACAGACCAUACUUUAUUAAACAUUUCCAUUACAUGUAUUUUGCUGCCUGUUUAUUUUGGAUUACUGGACUAACUGCUGUGUUUGUUAGCCUUCUGACUGCUUCACCUAAAAAGGAACAAAUUCAGACAACUACCAUCUGGGCUUACUGGUGCAGAAAAGAUACUUUAUCAAAGAGUGAGUAUAAAGUAAAUGGCAAAAGUAAAAUGAAUUAUGUGAACAACGACAACAUUCCUAAUGGAAAACAUAAUGGAAGUGCAGUAUUUUCUUCGGCUGAUGAUAAGGUUAAUAUGAAGCUUUUAGCAGGCCUUGAGGAUGGAGUUAAAGGUACAACAUCUCCAAAUAAUUCUGAAGUAGGCACACCCCUGGAAUAUUCUUUAGAUGGACAUGCAACAUUGGUGAGAGAGACACAUAAGCAGGAAAGUCAGAAGAGAUCUGCAGAAUUGUGCUGGAAAUGUAUACAUUGGUUUUGUGGCUACCAGAAGGAAAAUGGGAAAGAAGAUGCUGUUGUUGAAAUGUUGGAUGAUGAAGUUUGUUUGCAAAUGCUUGAAGAAACUCCAAAAAUCCAGCUAAUGCUAAACAUCGGACUGCUUGUAAUUUGUAUUGUUGGCAUAUUCAUGUUUACAUACUUCUCUUUGUGACUCUGUUAAAAAAGGGUAUUGAACACAUUUAAACUUCCAAAUAAAUGUGGCUAGAUUGAAAAA